AUGGAGUGCUGCCAUGAAAUUGAGGACUGCCACAGGUGUUAUGAGGAAAGAACUGCAGCCUGUGAACUCAAAAGACGUAUAUUCGGCUUCAUUCGUCAAACCGUGAACUCAUCACUAGAGGGUGAUAUGAACCCUACAUUUCACCACAGAAUUCACAUCCCAUCCUCAGCUUUCAAAGGAGCUGCCACCACAGUGAUGGCUUCUGUUAUCAACAGCACUUAUUUUAAGCUGAGUCCUCCUCAGAAAAGUAGAUUCCAAUUCCACCGCAGAGAAGGCACUGUGCUCGGAGGAUUAGUCCUCGCGGUGAAGGCAGUUAACAUGACAGAAAAUGGUGAAAUCAUCAGAAAUCUCUUACAACCCAUCAUGUUAUUCUUCAAACACAACAAAAAGUCUUCACAGAUUACAGAUGGAACUUGUGUAUUUUGGCAGGAAUCAGACAAUGGAACAGGUUACUGGAGUGUUAAAGGCUGCAAAACCAAUAAAACUGAAGAUGAAUUUAUUUGCAGCUGCGACCAUCUCAGCUUCUUUGCUGUUCUUGUGGACAAGCAACUCCUUCAUGAAACUACCAUGAAGAAAUGUGUAAGUCGGCGGUGUCCUGAGAAGGCCACAGGUCUGCACAUGCAACUUACAGGGGCAAUGUUCUGCCUCCACCUCAGCUUCCUGCUGUGCAGUUUCUGGGAAUGGCUGAGGAAAAAUGAGGACAGCUCAAUUUGCCUGGUUCUUGGUCUCUUUCUACAUUGGUCUCUGCUGGCCACCUUGACCUGGAGUGCUCUGGAGGGGUUUCAAAUCUACCUUUUGCUCAUUCGGGUCUUUAACAUCUAUAUCAGGAGAUACCUGCUCAAACUCUGCCUGGUUGGAUGGGGUUUUCCCACAUUGGUCGCAACAAUUUGUGGGAUUUCAGGUGUUUAUGGCAAGUACACUCUACAACUAAGGGAAACCAAAAAUGGCAAUUCAACAGCACAAAUGUAA